CGCGCGGCCACACCUGCAUUAAACGGGGAAAGUCCGUCCAGCGGAGGCAGAGCGAGCCGGUCGCGCGGGCGGAGAGCGCGCAGCCAGGACGCGCGGCCACGGACGCGGAUCCCGCCGCUUCGCUUCGCUUCGCUUCGCUUCGCACGCGGGGUGCUUUGACGCGAGCCGAGCGGACGCAGGCGGCGCUGGCGCUCCGUGUGCGCAUUUACGCUGGUUCUGGAUGCGAAAUAAGGACGGACGGAGCUGCACUGCGCGGAUCAGAGUCCGAACAGCAGGGCGCACAGGUUUUCCCUCGUGACGCCGUGACUGCCCGAUUGUCCGCCCGCUGUUUCCGGACAGCGUGCGGCUUCCUGGGUGUCUCAGGCCUCCAUUGUGAUAGUAGACACCAAAGAAAGAUCCAGCUUGCCUGCAUAAAGCCCUAUUCAGCACCGUUCCUCUUUGCCAGAUACAUUUGCAACCCUAAGAAAAAGCCGUGAAGGCUCAGCACUAUCCCCGGCCCAGAGCCCUUCCCUCCGUCGUCAGCCCUCCUCCCCUCGAACCCCCGUAACCCCGGCCCACUCGCUCGGCCCCAUUCAGAACCCCAGAUGACAGCUCAGAAACAUCCGUUAGCCUCCCACUCCACACAGGCAUUCUUUCCCCUCCCUCCAGCCCCCGUGGCGCUUGGCACCGAUGCCCAUCGCACAGACAGAUGGAGCCAACCCUGACCCCUUGUCCACGCCCGUGGGGACGCCGGGAGAAUAAACGCCUGAGUAGAGGAGGGUGUGUGAGGAGAGGACUGCUUCGUCACCACGGCAACACUCGCCCGGCGUCCCGCGGCCUCGCCUUCAGCCCAACAGAAACGCGCUCCGCCCCAAAGGCAGCUGCAGCGAAAGGACGUCAUUUCUUUCCUUUAAAUCGCGUCUGGUGUGUUUUUGGUUUGAUUAUUCAGCAGAGGAGUCUGUUUCUGCGGGAAAGAAGGCGCAAGCAUGACAAAACUCUAAAUGUAGACGACAUACACUCGAAGAAAGAGAAGGACUCUCAGUUUAUCAGUCUAAGGCGACACCACCUUAGACUGGAGUCUCAUCCUGAGCUCCAUCCUUGAUUCACCCUCCUCUAAUGGCAUCUAGACAGAAGUAAUAAAAGCUGAAAUGCACAGCAAAAAUUUAGCUAUUUUUCAAAUGCAAAUCAGCAUAGAGGAGUUUUUUAUGGUAAAGGAGCUGCUGGAAAUGUUCCUUCCCACCUCUGAAUGAUGCAGCUGUUGUUUUUCCCCGACUGGGAAAAAAAGACACACAUGCGAGCGCUUCUUUACUGUAGGUGUUUGCCUCCAUCCAAAGCUGUAACAUCCUGUGUUGCACCGCUGCAAACUCAUCCAGCGUCCGCUUUGUGCAGCCAGAUUUGCAAUUUAACUCCAGAAACCCCCUCUGAAUUCCCAGCGCUCUUCCCAGAUCUGGACUUUGGCAUGUGCGCGUUCCCUGGCUGUCGCCGCCGUCUCCGCCGCCCGCUGACCGCGCUCUGAUUAGCCUCUAACGCCAGACGAACCGCGCACCAGCAAUUCAAAUGAGACACUAAUGGCUGGUGAAACGGAUGCAGCGGGCCGUCAGAGGAGGGGGGGAUUACCCGGUCCCAAAGCUUCCCAGGUAAUUGGAGUGCAGCGCAGCGUUUUCAACUGCGGAGCACAGCUCCUCUGGCGACGUCGCACGCUGGAAGCAUAAACGUGGCAAAAGGGACAAAGAGGAGGACAAUGAAAAAGCUGCUCAGCAUCCACAGCUCAUGACUUCUCAGUUUCAUCAUCAUUAGCAUAACAGAGGGCGUGCACACACUUUGGUCUUUGUGUUGAUGACCAUUUUUAAAAGCUUUGCAUGCAGAUACUCUACCGUGCAUAGAAAGGUACAUUUCAGCUCUCUGUUGCUCUGAGCUUUAAUUGGCCAAAAUGAGAGCAAAUUAGUUUUUACCGUCAGGUGCAGCGGCCCGUCGGAGGAUCCAUAUUGUAUGAAUAUGCAAAGCAUUGUGGGAGGAGUGUGAAAAUUCACAGCUAAGGUGUAAGGACUGGUGGCGAGGCAUAAUGUGCUGGUGGGUUUUAGUUCACAGGUGUAAAGAGUUUGGUUCCUGGGUGAAGGUGUUUCCAGACAGCAGGAGCUGAGCCGAGGCGCCCACAAGCUAUUUGUUCUGCUCCGCGGCUGACAACGCGGCGCGCGUCACUUUGUGCUGCUGUAAUUGGUUGCUUUGUAGACAAUGUUGUUGCAGCAGUCACACUGUGAGACUCCAGCUCUGCGAGUACGAUCCACCGCCGCCUCUCGGCCUCUCUCUAAUAAUCCGUCGCCUGCCUCUUCGGUUCCAGACAAUCACGGCGCUGCGGUUCCGGGCGCCGGAACGGGUCCGCGGCCGAGUUCGCCGCGCGGAGCUGGGAGAAUUGUUUGUGCCUCUGCUGCUUAAAAGAGGCCCGGCGGAGAGCGAAGCAGCGAGUCGGCGCUUCUGCACAGAUAUUUAUGAGGCCAAUAUGACACAGCUGAUAUGAGUCUAGAGGUCACGGAAGUGAUGAAGGAGGGAGGACGCGCUCCCCGCGUGUGCGCAAGCGCAGGGAACGGCUCGAAGUGAGAUGCACUCACGUCGUUAGGGCCUCGAUUGAAUGGGAAGAACCGCGGUGCGUUCAGGCGCCUCCCGGACGCUUUCCUGCCGCGCUCCACUGCGACGCUUCAACAAAGUAGGGAGACGUUUUCAAAAGUAAUAAAGUAAAAAGAUGGAAUGUCACACACACGCGCUGUUUUGUCACUCUCAACACCUUUGGCGCCUCCGUUUCAGACACACGCACCUCAAUUACAGAGCUAUUUCUGUGGCGCUACCUGCCAGUGACUCGGAGCCCAAACCAGCUGGGAUUAAUUAGUGGCUCCACCAACACGCGCAGAAAACACCACUUUCAUCCCUCACGAUGAACGAGAGGCGGUGCCAGUGACACACACACACACACACACACACACACACACACACACACACACACACACACACACACACACACACACACACACGGCGACACAGGUGGUUUUCACAUUUUCACCUUCCUACUACUAAUUUCCAAGUGACGCACGAGCCUCCGUCAGGUCCAGGAUGUGAAGCGCUUCCAGACAGCGUGUCGCCAAUAAACACUCCUCCCGCUCUGCUGUAAUUACCUCGCUCUUCAUUUCACACCUUGUGUAAGCGCCUCAUAUCUCCCUGUUACUCUCCUGCUUUACAAGUCGGUGCCGCGCUAAUAAGAAACGCGACCGGGCCUUUUCUUCCAGUGUUUUCCCUCGCCGCGGUUUCAAGAUGGCGUCGGGUCACGCGGGUCCAGCGGAAAUGAAGCCGGCGACGGGUUUAAAGACGAGCUGUCAGCAGCCAUAACCUUGAGGGCGUGUGUUUGUGUGUUUAUGAGUGCGUGCUGCAUAUGUUUGCAUGAUUGCAUUAUGGGAGUGUGACGAGGCUGCGUCCUACAGUAGAGAAUCAAUAUGCUGAGUGAGGGGAAAGACAGAGGAGGGAGAGAAAGAGAGAGAUGAGGGAAUUGGGCCUGUCAGAAAAAAUACAUUUUUACCAGGUACAGCAAAAUAAACAAGAGCGCAACAGCAGAGUGUAGAUAGAGAGGAAGGAAGAUUAGCCACACACACUAGUGGAAAGUUCAAAUGGGAGAAUUCAUCAAGCUGAGGGUGUGUUUGGGAGGAUGAGAGGAAGGAAAUUUACAUUUGUGCAUUAGCGGUUUGAGUGUGUGUGUGUGUGUGUGUGGGCAUUGUUUAGUUCAUGCAGCUGAUGCUUGUUUUAUCCAGCCGCCUCUGUAGCGACUCAUUAGCAUAGCGAUAAUGAGAGACAGAAAAGGUUGCUGCCGUCAGCUCAGUCCAAACAGAGCGAGGUGCGUGAAGGGAGGAACCAGGAAGUCGCCGUCCACACACUCGACAUGCACUCACAUGCGUGACCCACAGCCUCCACCGCCUGUGCAUCUGUCUUCUGUUCCAGGUGACUGCAGCCCUCCACCUUCUGUGGCGCCGCGGGGCCUCGACUGGAUCCGGAGACGCGGCGCUGUGGGUCGACUCGGGGUCCAGACGGCGUGAGCUACAAGGAUUUUCAUUCAUCGGCGCAAGACAAAUGGAUUUGUGGGACCACGUGGGUCACGGCCGAGAGAGCGCACAAUAAGCUUUUAGUCCAUUUGAUCCGUUGCCGUUUCUCUCUAUAGAUUUGGCCCCGACGCUUUCAGACAUUUGGGAUACGACUCGGAGCAGCGCCGGGACCUCUCCAACCUGGAGUUAUCAGCUGAUCCUGAGCUAUGUGAAUGGGAGUGGCGUCAGGAUGCCUGAGCUGGACAGCCUGCCCCCGCCGGGCCGCGCCCGGGGCCCGGAGCCGGGCCCGAGCGGGCCCGCGGACCCGGCCCAAAUCCAGCACAGCAUUCUGGAGGAGCAGGUGGAGCUGUGGUGGUUCCGGGACCCGGGGAAGUCGCUGCUGUGCUACUGCGUGGCCGUGCUGCUGAUCCUGGGCUGCGGGCUGGGGGGGGUGGGGCUCCUCUCCACCACCACCAGCGUGUCCAGCGAGUGGCGCCUGGGCACGGGCACGGCCCUGUGCCUGCUGGCCCUGGGGGUCCUGCUCAAGCAGCUGCUCAGCUCCGCCGUGCAGGACAUGAACUGCGUGCGGAGCCGCCGGCGGAUUGACAUGCUCAAGAGCGGCGGCCUGUCCGACCUGCUGGUGGUUCUGAUCACCGGGCUGUCGCUGCUGAUCUGUGGAGGCGUCCUGCUGCAUCUGGCCCUGGUCAACCACAUGCCGAAGCCGGGCCAGGCCCUCAAUGACAUGUACAUCUCAGGGGUGGUGCUGGUGGCCGGAGGAGGGGCUGCGGUGGUGGGCGUCGGGAUCUAUUCCUUCGUGGUGGUGCUGCUGGAGAGGACGAGGCCCGGCCGCAGGCUGGUGGACCGGGUUUGGAAUAUUUUCACGGUUUCGGGGCACAUGGAGCACCAGGCUCGCAGAGAGACCACGUCCAGCCUGGCCAACCUCAUAUGAGGAGUCGCUCAUCGUGACUGCGUCUUCUGGGCCCUUUGAACCUUUAGCUUUUGGGAAUCCUCACUGAAUUUGUGAAGUGUCGCUCGCUGAAGACUGACUGAGGACCUUCUACUUCGCGGCAAAGCUCUCGGCCGUUUUUUCUAGCGUACGAGAGCAGGUACGAGGACGGACGCUGUGUGUGUCACCCGCAUGUGAGGGGUAUCGGAAAGUUAGACGCCGGGUUCCUUUUAUCGCUGUAAAUCUAAAUGCCCAUUGGACCGGUGACUGUCGGAGCAUGGCACAGACAGCAUCAGUCUGCAGCUCUCCAGCACUGACGCAUGCGAAACAAGAAAUGGAUCAAAAAGCACAAGAUUUAGCCCAAAUAUAUUUAAUACUAAAGGGACGUGUGCUCCAAAACGGGCGAGACCUUUUAUGAUGUGACUGGUGUCAGCUGUGGAGUGAAGGUAGAGCUGCUUGAUUAGACAGAAUGGAAUGAAGCCGAAACCUCAUUCGAGGCUGUGGUUAAAGGAGGCGUCCGCGCAUUCGCAGGCUGCGUGUGCGAGAUAACGUGACCUGAUCUACGUCCACGGUCACAUGAAGGUAUCAGAACCUCCAGCCGACGGACCGGUCACUGGGCCUCGUCUACAUCAGGUUGUGUUCUCGUUUCGGUGACAUGCAUCAUGCGGUGAUUGUGGCGUUUGUGUUUAACUUCCAGCACGUGAUGAAAGACGAGGUGAUUGUUGAAGAGUUAUAUCACAGCACUUUAGAGUGUAUGAUUAUUGUUUGUGCGUCGACACAGUAUGUCUGAUCUAAUACCUUGCUUCUGUUUUACACGCUUGGGUCCAUGUUUUGCUGAACUGAACUGUAUGAAAGGAUCAAUCAUUGUGCUGAAUCUGAGAAAAAUCACCAAACCUGUCGUCUCACUUUUAUUUUAUUAUUGUUUUCAUUAGUCCCUGCUGGAAGGCAACCACAAUAAAGCUCUGAUAACCAGCAGCAGCAGAUGCACAGCGA